CGUCAUCCUGCUGCUGGCGUCCAUGGCGGGGGCUCUCCUGGCGGGCGCGCUGCGCUGCACCAAGGACGCCCAGGCUCGCUGCGUGCUCGAGUUCCCGAACCUGUCCGACUGCCAGCAGGACGAGCUCCUGUCCUUCGACGGCACCCUCACCACCGUCUACGAGGGCGAAGACGCGAGCACCAAGCAGGGCGGCGCACGGCUUCCGCAGGAGCUCCCGGUCAGCGCGGAGGAGCACCGGGAGCUGCAGGCCGAGCACGGGCGGCUGCUGGCCGCGGUGGCCGACGGGGAGCGCAGGCGUGAUGCCGACGCCGCGCGCCUGAAGCGGCUGGAGGAGACGCGCCAGGCGCUGCGCGAGGAGGCCCACCGCCUCGACUGCGCCACCGCCGCGCCUCGCCCGCAGCCCGCCCUCCUCGAGGAGCUGGGCGUGGUCGCGCAGUGCCGCGACGCGCACGGGGCCUACAUCGCAGACGAGGAUAUGGCCAAGCUGGAGGACGGCAUGCAGCGGCUGACCCGCCAGAGCGAGGAGUGGGGCGCCCUGGCGGCCGAGCUGCGCGCGCGCGAGCAG